GAAUACGCCACCUUCAGUUCGCUACAUCGUGUGUGAAGACGGCUGGUUAUUGAAAUUUUCGAUGCCAUAUAUCUAGAUUUUGACCAAUUUAUCGGACGUCGACCAUUCGGCAUCGAUCUGGUAGUUAUGGCUUCUUCUAGCAACGAGAAUGGCAAUCUUAUGGACGAGUUCGAGGAAGCGUUCCAGGCAUGUCUUUUGUCGUUGACCAAAUCAGAACCUAACACUGGCACUAACAAGGAUGAGAUCGAACUGGAGGUACAAAAAACAACGAAUCGCUUUAUUGACGUUGCCCGGCAGAUGGAGGCAUUCUUUCUACAAAAACGUUUUCUUGUAUCCACACUGAAGCCCGAUAUGUUAAUAAAAGAUGAAAACCAGGACUUGCGCAAUGAGAUAGCACGCAAAGAACAGCUGCUGAACAAGCACUACAGUCGUUUGGAAGAAUGGAAAGCUUGCUUGUCAGAUAUUCAAGCAAAUCAAGGUGUGCACAAUAGACCCAUUGGAGGAGUAAGUAGUGGCAUGGCUGCUAUGAAUGAAUCAGCGGGAAUGGGUGCAACUGGAAUGUCGAUACCUGGUGGUUUAAAUAUACCACAAGGCCCAAAUAGACCUGUUUCCGGUGGAAUGAUAAGUAGUAUACCAGCAUACGGUGUACCCAGACGCUUCUAAAGCAAGCAAUUAACUGACAGGCACAUUUAAAACUACUGUAGCAUACUUUUUAAUUCAUAUCUUCGUGUUCUAAUUUAAUAUCGAAACUUAUUUGUAUAUUUAAUAAAACUGAAAAAGCGUUCAAAACCAUUUUCUAAA